CUGAUAACCUUCCAAGAGUAGUGAACUUUGAAUCAUUUAACAACUUGAUAGUUCAUUACUGAGUGAAAACUUCACUGAAGGUCGCUUUUGAGAGCGCUGUGAUUUUACCUUCGGAUUUCAUAAAAUAUUGACUCAAUUUUCAAUAAGAGCGACUAUGUUUGGGAUGAUAACAAACUCGCUGUUCAGUCAAACUGAGAACCGACCCUGUCAGACCCUCAACUCAGAAACCAAGGGAGACCUGACCUAUGAGGAGCGCAGGUAUGAGGGUGGUAAUUAUGCCAGUGUCACCAUAAGUGGGAAACCAUUUGACGAGGGGUCGGGAGAAGGGGCCCUGAAACUGCUCAAAUAUGUCGGAGGAUCCAAUGAGCAAGGUAUCCAGAUGGGGAUGACCUCCCCGGUCAGUAUGACUGUACACCCAGGUGAAGGUAACAGCUUGCAACCCAAGGUCGAAGUUCAAAUCCGUAUCCCCAGCAAAUUCCAGGAUAACAUUCCCAAACCAACAGAUGAGAGCAUCACCAUCAAACAUCAGGAUGAUUUCACCGUCUAUUCCACUCAAUUUGCAGGCUACGCCAAGGAGGUUAAUUGGGUUGAACAUGCAGGCAAGUUGCAAGGAGCACUGGGAGAGGCUGUAUCCUAUCACCGAGAUUUUUACAUCUGUGCUGGGUAUGAUCCACCCAUGAAACCUAUCGGCCGAAAGAACGAGGUGUGGUUUCUGAAGAAGGAGGAAUGAGGGAGCGUCAUGGAUCAUUCCAUUUGCACCAUGGACACCGAGAGAGAGAGAGAAAGGAAGCCUCCAUGAAAGCUUCUUGACUACUUCCUAACAAGAAGCCCCUCUCAAAUCUGUCAUUAAAUAUUCAAUAAUUACAA